AUGGUUUGGAUGCUAAGUCACAAGAGAGUUCAAUCAUUUCGAAAAGUGAGAGAAGAAGAAACAGACCUUUUGAUUGAGAAGAUCAGAGAGGCGUUGUCUUCGUCUUCAUUAAUAAAUUUUAGCGACAUGUUUAUGUUGCUUACGAACGAUGUGGUGUGCAGGGUUGCAUUAGGAAGGAAGUACAGUGUAGGGGAUGUAAAUAGGAAGAUUAAGGUGCUGCUGAAGGAGUUUGGAGAAUUGUUGGAUGUUUUCAAUGUGGGGGACUGUAUCCCCUGGCUCGGGUGGGUGAAUUGUAUCAAUGGUUUGGAUGCUAAAGUGGAGAUAGUUGCAAAAGAGAGUGAUGAAUAUCUGGAGACUAUACUUCAAGAGCACAUGAAUCAGGAAAAAGGGGUGAUUUCUUGUUAUAGUGAGAGUGUUGAAGGCAAAGAGAUGGACUUCAUGAGAAAAAGGAACAGUGUAGUGAAGUACCCUUCUAAACCACCAGUGGAGUAG